AUGAUGCGGGUCAAGCCAUCAAAGCAAUCGUCUUGGAUUCCCGGGAGCAGAAGCCAGAGCUCGAAAUCGUUGCAUCCGGUCAACCCUGUGUCUCUGUCGAAUUUGAUGAGUUUUGAGAAGACGAGGAUCUUUGUGCCAUCGGGUGUGGGGAUGGCCUGGUUGAGGCGCUUUGGGUGGCGCAUGCAGCUCACGUGGGUGAGGUCGUCGAUCCCCAGCUCCACGGUGGGCAGCCCAGAGGCGAGGAGGUGCGGGGACAGGUCAAGCCUGUAUGCUGACGUGGAGGAGAGUGGAACCCAGACCACAGAAAGCAAACGUAUCAUAACUGUCCCAACCGGUUUUGAGGCGGAAGGCAGGCCUGAUAGUCAUAGUGUUGGGUGA